UAUGAAAAUUAGAGGGGGUCAAAGCGAAGUUUUCCAUCGGCGACUCCAUUCUCUGGUAGGGCUUUCAUCCCCUUCUCUGAUCUCUCUCUCUCUCUCUCUCUCUCUCUCGAGAUUUUCUCGAGUUUGCGUUCAUGGCGAUAAGGGUUGAGGGCGUUGGAGUUGUGCUUUUUCUGGCGUUCUUGGUACCGGCUGGGGGAAAGGAGCUAGGGCUCUGUUUAAGGGUUUCGGCGCUGGCUUCCUUUCUGGGGCUUCAUGAAUGCUUGGUUUCUGAUUCUCUGCUUGCUGGCAGUGUUCCACCAAUUGGUGUCUUGGAGGGAGACAACAUUGUAUUGCAGAGGAUGGCACUGAAUAUAGUGCACAAGAACAAGAGAAAACAUGUGGCUGUGUUGUUUCAUGCAUCAUGGUGUCCCUUCUCAAAAAGUUUUAGACCAAACUUUGAUGCCAUGUCUUCUAUGUUUCCUACAAUCCCUCAUUUUGCAUAUGAAGAAUCUGUUAUACCACCAAGCAUACUUUCAAGAUAUGGAGUUCAUGGGUUUCCCCUGCUAUUUCUUUUAAAUUCUACGAUGGGGGUGCGGCAUCAUGGAUCACGAGCUGUUAGUUCCCUUGUUACUUUCUACAUGGAUGUCACAGGCAUCAAGCCUGUGUCUCAAUUGCGUGUGGAGAAGGCUGAAGGCCAAGCACACUUAACUGAACUUAAAGGAGCUGCUGAACAAGAAAAUUGUCCAUUCUCAUGGAUAAGGUCACUGGAGAAAUUACUUGAGCAAGACCCUUAUUUGGCACUAUCAAGUGCAUUCGUUUUGUUGAGAAUGCUUUAUGUUCUCCUUCCAAGACUUAAUUCAUGUGUUAUGUGGGCUUGGGGACAGCGUAUCAGGCCUGCAAGUCCAUUGAACACAUGGGAUUAUUUCCAGGCAUCCCUGUUGCAAGCCAAGCAGAGUUUCAGUAAGUUGAUACCAUUCAAACAAAGUGAUUUUCAGGAAGGGGCACUGCAUGCUAAGAUAUGGGCUUCAAAGUCACUAGCAUCAGUAUCCUUCGGCGACCCUUCAAGUUCCGGCCGAUCACCAUCAACACUUGACAGAAGAUAAGGUGUUCACCGUGUUGUACAAUAGUUUUCCUGGGGAUAGUUCAUUCUUGUUUUCUAAGUAAUUAUUUGAUCAAUUUAAACAGUAACC